AUUCGGUGCCUCUUUUCUCGUGCAGCAUAAGAUUCUCGAGGGAAAAAUCUGUUGUAUUUCUUUCAAAAUCAGAGGGGGAAAAAAGGGCCCUUUACCCCACGGUUCCACUGUUAAUCUUUCUCCACUUUCAAACCUUUCACAUUAUCCCCUCCAAAACGCUUUUUACAAAGGAAACCCCAAAAAUAUACCUAUCACCAAAAAGUGAAAUCCAAUUCUCCUCCAAAGCAACGCGAAAACAGGGACUUAGUGAGUGAGUGAUGGGUUCCCAGAACUUUCUUCAAGUUGUUGCCAAGAACUUUGAUGUUCUUGCUCUGCCUUUAGUCACUCUUGUUUACCCUCUAUACGCUUCAAUCAAGGCUAUAGAAACGAGGUCUAACAACGAUGAUCAACAAUGGCUGACGUAUUGGGUCCUUUACUCUUUGAUUACACUUUUCGAACUUACUUUUGCCAAAGUCCUCGAAUGGUUCCCGAUUUGGCCAUAUGCAAAGCUGAUAUUUACAUGCUGGUUGGUGCUUCCUCAGUUCAAUGGGGCAAAAUACGUAUAUCGUCACUUCAUAAGACCAUUUUACAUGAACCCGCAACGUGCCACCACCAUUUGGUAUGUCCCCCGCAAGAAGAGUAUUUUUAGCCAGCAAGAUGACAUUCUAACUGCUGCCGAGAAGUACAUUGAAGAGCAUGGCACUCACGAAUUUGAAAGGCUUAUAACCAAGGCUGAGAAAGAAGAAAGAAUCCGACGCGGCAACAACUACAUGAUCUUUGAUGAUGAUUAUAUAUAUUGACUUGUUUUGUAAACUAGCAACUUUCUUUGUUGUAAGAAAUGCUAUUUAAUGAUGUAUCAUCUUGGCUUUAAUUAUCAUAUGUGCUUCUUCUUAUGUUAUUUUUCCUUUUGUUCAAACAUUUCAGAGCACUAUUUAAAAGUUAAUAUUUUAUAACAAUAA